GGGCCGAAGCGGGCCUGGGCGGCUCUGGGCGCGGAGGCUCGGGGACCCACAGACAGCCCGACAGACGCGCGGAGCCCGGAGCAGCAAGGCGGCGGUGCGGCGGUGCGGCCAUGGCCGAGCUCAGGUCUCUGUCGGGGGACGCGUACCUGGCGCUGAGCCGUGGCUACGCGGCGGCGGCUGGCCUCGCCCUCGGGGCAGCCCUGGGGCCCGAGGCGGGCCGUGGCUACGGCGCACCGGACCUGGGCGGCGACCUCCCCGCGGCGCCCGCGCCCUGCACCCGGGUUGCGGAGGCCGAGAGUAGCGACGAGCAGAGUGGCGACGAGGACGACGCCUUCGAGCGGCGGCGGGGGCGGCGCGGGCCGGGGGGCGCGGCGGACGGGCGGAGGCGGCCCCGGGAGCAGCGCUCGCUGCGGCUCAGCAUCAACGCGCGGGAGCGGCGGCGCAUGCACGACCUGAACGACGCGCUGGACGGGCUGCGCGCCGUCCUCCCCUACGCGCACGGCCCGUCGGUGCGCAAGCUCUCCAAGAUCGCCACGCUGCUGCUCGCCAGGAACCACAUCCUCAUGCAGGCGCAGGCCCUGGACGCGAUGCGGCGCCUCGUGGCCUGCCUCCACCAGGGCCAGGGCCUCGCCGCGCCCCUGCCGCCCUUCAGCCAGGCCGCGGUGUACCCCUUCUCUGCGGGCGGCGCGCUGCCCUGCCCGGACCAGCGCGCUGCCUGCCCCGGGCCGCCCUCGGCGCUCUGUGAGCACUGUAAUGAGAAGCAGUAAGGGCACCUCCCCCCCAACACACACGCGCUCGCGUCAGCCGUUUCCACAUUGUCCACGAUGACUGUCCCCGCCCCACCGGACCCUGGCCUCGCCGCCUGCCCCUGUGGCCGAACAGCUUGGGGCCACGGGACACUCAGAGCCCGUCGGACGGCAGCUGAGCUCCGAGUGGGGCGCUGGAAGCCACGCCGGGAGUUGAAGCGUCCAUUGGGCACUUGCCAACACCGGCCAGGGGCCUGGGAACGCGGUGGAGGGGACUCGCAGGGCUUCCCUCCUAAGGAAGCCAGGCCGCAGCGGCGGAGCUGGUGCGAUGGUGCUUCCCGGCAACAGCCCAGGGCGCGCAGCGCGCGGCGCAGGGAGGGAGUGCACCCUGCUCAGCGGGUGGGGCCCUCGUCAGGGCCAGUCCUCCACCU